UCUCAAAACCCUCUUUUUAAAAAUUCUAGAUUCUUUACUUUUAUGCUCUAUUGAUCUUUUGCAUAAUCUUCAUAGUAAAGGACCUGCUUAGAUUCUAUACGUUCUUCACGUUUGUUUUCUUUUAAAGCUCUUUGGCACUUCGUGAUCUACCGUCUACCGCUAAUUUCAGAAUAAUGGAACACUUUCAAAACGACGAUCUUGAAUAUGUUGUCGAUGACUUUUACGACUUCGAUGAUUUUGAACACGAUGAUUCCUUCUCUGGACCUGAUCCUCUGCGGGACACCGCUGAUUUUGACACGUGUGACUCCGACUUUGAAGACAAUUUCGAAUCAAACAAGCCAAAAACUGAUACAUCAGCUAUGGAAGCAAGAAAUGGGAAAGAUAUACAAGGAAUACCUUGGGAGAGGCUUAAUUUUACUAGGGAUAAGUAUCGUGAGUCGAGAUUGAAACAGUAUAAAAACUACGAGAGCCUUGGUGGUUCUAGUGAAGGAAUGGAAACGGAGUGCUUACAAGUAGAGAAGGGAAAAGACUUUUAUGCCUUUCAGUUUAACACGAGGCUCGUCAAAUCUACAAUCGUGCACUUUCAGCUGAGGAAUCUGUUGUGGGCUACAUCAAAGCACGAUGUGUACCUGAUGCAAAAUUAUUCAUUAAUGCAUUGGUCAUCACUGCUACGCAAAAGCAAAGAAGUGCUGAAUGUAGCUAAGCCAAUCGUUCCCAGCGUGGAACGUUGUGGGUUGCUAUCUCAGCAACUCUCCAGGGUGCAGAUUAGCACUAUGGCAGUUAAAGAUAAUUUAAUGGUGGCAAGUGGCUUUCAGGGGGAGCUUAUUUGCAAGUAUUUAAAUCAACCUGGUGUAGCAUUCUCCACAAAAUUAACCACUGAUGAUAAUGCGAUCACUAAUGCGGUGGAUGUGUAUUGCUCUUCUAGCGGUGCAAAGAGAAUUAUGGCUGCAAAUAAUGAUGCUCAAAUCAGAAUAUUUGAUGCUGAAACUUUUUCAAGCCUUAACCUUUUCUCAUUCGACUGGUCUGUGAAUAGUACCUCAGUAAGCCCAGAUGGCAAGUUGGUCGCAAUCCUCGGAGAUAGCGCAGAGUGUCUAGUUGCCGAUGCUAAUUCUGGCAAAGUAAGUGCCACCUUAAAGGGGCAUUUGGACUACUCUUUUGCUUCGGUAUGGCACCCUGAUGGGAACAUUGUUGCUACCGGGAAUCAAGACACGACUUGUCGAUUGUGGUGCGGUGCCCACCGCCCACCAUUAGUGACUUCCAACAUGUGGGACAUAAGAAACCCAUCCAAGUCCCUUGCUGUAUUAAAGGGAAGAAUGGGAGCAAUCAGAGCUCUCAAGUUCACAUCGGAUGGUCGAUUUCUCGCCAUGGCUGAGCCAGCAGACUUCGUUCAUGUGUUUGUCGCGGAGUCUGGUUACAUCAAGUGCCAAGAAAUUGAUUUCUUUGGUGAGAUUGCUGGAAUAUCAUUCAGUCCAGAUACCGAAUCUCUCUUUGUUGGCGUUGGGGAUCGAACGUACGGCAGCUUGUUAGAGUUCAACCACAGGCGACAUAACAGAUAUCUAGAUUCUAUAUUGUAA